CUUGACUGCUUAGAAAUUUCUGCACUGUGCAUUUAACUUCUGAGUUGCUCUGGAUGCUUCUGCUCUGAUCGUUUGCUGGAGACUUACACUGUUGUCACUUUUCAGUGUUCCACGAUGGUCAACUGGUUGGAUCAAGGUCUGAAGUUGUUGGACUCUAUGAUGAUAUCUUGUUUUUACCAGAGAUUUUUUUUUGCCUGAUUGAUGCUGCGGGUCCUUUGAUACAAAAAUAGAUACAAGUAUUUGGUGCUGGAUAUAGUUUUAGAUGUUUUUAUGCUAUAUCAUGUUGUGUAGUAUUGCAUACCUGAUGUUUUCGUGCAUGUAGGCAUGCUACAAUUCUCGUGACAAGCAUUGCAAUGCUACAUUUUCUUUUCUUUUCUUUUUUUGCAAACAUUCCAAUGUGAUUGUGCAUGAACCCAUGAUACCCGAGUUUGAGCUGGUGAUAACAUAGCACCGUUCUACUUCAGAGUGUUCCUAGGAUACUGAAUAGACACAAUUAAGUCUGAAGGCAACGAAAAUGGAUUAAGGCUGCCGUGCACCUACCGCAUUCCAUAAUGUCGAAUGCAUGAUAUGAUUCAUUUGCUGUAGUUUGAUAUGGAGAUUAGUAUAUUUUGACCCGUCGUUUUGUUUCAGCUAGCUACAGGUCUGUACUUGAACUUACAGUCUUCAACACUGUGGUAGCAGGAUGCUUUCGGGUAAAAAGCAUCCAUGAACUUACAGUCAACCCGUGAUGAUUAUGGCAGUUCCUUCACUCAUUUUUGUGGGCAGCUGCGCGUGAUGCUACCGCUAAUAAAAAAAAGAGUUCGUUAAGUUACUGAUCGUUGCUUCUGAACUAUCUUUGUAAAUGGAAGCCCGGAUUUUAGUAAUGCUCCGUGCAGUAUUAGUGCUAAACUGUGCUACCAUUUUUUCCCCUUUUCUCUCUUACAGCACAGUGAAACGCUGUUCUUGCUCAGAUUUACCUACUGGAGCGCAUUCUGUGUCCUGGAACUGAAUCGUGUCCGUGUCCUACAAUUCUGCUCUUUGAUUUUAAUUUCUAGUACCUGGGGAGAAGCUUUUGUUUUUCAUGCUAGACUGCUAGUGCACGAGCAUCGGUUGCACGGCUGCACCGUGGUGGAUGCUGAAUCGGCAGGCAGCAGUCAGGGUCAGGGUCCGUCUGGUACCUGAAUGCUGAAGCUUCGGCCGCUCUCCGUGGGAAAGUGAGAGAUUAGGCAGGUGGAAUUCCACCUGGAGUGGUGCCGUGCCGUGCGCGGCCAAAGACGCCGAGGAAGGCGACAGAACUCGCGAGAAGCGGUGCGCCGUGGCAGCAACCACCCCACCCCGCGCGCCGGUGCCGCCUGGGCCCUUCGCGUGUCGGGGGACGGGCACGCGCGGGCGGUCGGGCAAGACGGGCACGCUUUAAACGGGACGGCGUGUGCUACGUUGGACGCGCGGAGCAGGUGCACGCGCGGCGCUUGGGGGGCAGAGGAACCGUGCGCGCCGAGCAGAACAAGUGAGCGCGCUCGUCGCCGGACGGCGAGACGGGCGAGGGGAGGAGGAGGAGAUGAGCGAGGCGGUCAGGCGCGCGGGCGCCGACGAGCCGGGCCGCGCCGCGCCGCGGCUGAACGAGAGGAUCCUGUCGUCCCUGUCGCGGAGGUCCGUGGCCGCGCACCCAUGGCACGACCUCGAGAUCGGUCCUGACGCUCCUGCCGUGUUCAACGUUGUCGUGGAGAUCUCGAAAGGGAGCAAGGUCAAGUACGAACUCGACAAGAAAACUGGGCUCAUCAAGGUCGAUCGCGUGCUGUACUCGUCGGUGGUGUACCCGCACAACUACGGCUUCAUCCCGCGAACGCUUUGCGAGGACAACGACCCGAUGGAUGUGCUGGUCCUCAUGCAGGAACCGGUUCUUCCUGGCUGCUUUCUUCGAGCCAGAGCGAUCGGGCUCAUGCCUAUGAUGGAUCAGGGAGAGAAGGAUGACAAGAUCAUAGCUGUCUGCACCGAUGAUCCCGAGUACCGCCACUACAAUGACCUCAGCGAACUGUCACCCCACCGUGUCCAGGAAAUCCGACGAUUCUUCGAAGAUUGUAAGCUUCCAAAGUCCUCAGCGUGCCAUCUCUUCUUUCAUAUCCAUUCCAUUUCUGCUGCACCAUGUAACUAUCCACCGAAAUGUUCAGAUAAGAAGAACGAGAACAAGGAGGUUGCCGUGGACGAGGUUCAGCCAGCGAGCACUGCCCGUGAUGCCAUCAAGUACUCCAUGGAUCUCUAUGCGCAGUACAUUUUACAGAGCUUGCGACAGUAGUCUUGACGCUUGCUUCACCACUACUCUUGCUAGAGAUGUACUAUAUAUGUAUUUAUUAGCGUUAUGUUGUAACUUAUAAGGAGGCCCUUUUAGUUGCUUGUGAAGCUGUUCCAGGCCUCCAUACUAUUACACUGAAUGUUACAAACUUACGACGACACAGGAGAAAGAAAUGUCUGAAUCGAGUUACAGCAA